CAAGUACAUGUGGGUCAGCCUAAACUGACAUGAAUCUUAUAUCAAGGGCGCGAUAUCCUUAUCUUUAACGACUUAAGAGUUUUCUGAUUUCAAAAAUGCAUGUUUAUUAACAACAAUGCUCUUUGUUAUAGUACUGAUCUUCAUUUCACCUUUAUUCGCUGACGACUUCAGCAGGUGCCCCGCCUCCGUCCAACCCAACCAGUACUUCCGUACAUUCAGAGAACGAUGCUAUGAGUUCGCCAUCUACCGAGAGGUGUACUGGGAGGAGGCCUCCAAGGAGUGUUCCCACAAGGGCGGUUCAUUAGCGACUGUCAUCGACCUGGCCACCCAAAAAUUCUUCGAGAACUCGCUUUCCAGUCUAAAAUCCACGAAGCACGGCAUCUGGAUUGGUUUGAAUGACAGAGCUUCGGAAGAUCACUACACUUGGGUGUCAGGAGAGGAAACUCAUUUCACCUACUGGGCCAGCGGCGAGCCAAGCUCUGUGUUGCAUAGAGUGGAGGAUUGUGUCAUAAUGAGAAAUUCUAAAGCUUACCAUUGGGAGGACCAACCCUGCAACCUCUGGCCGAGACAUUACAGUUAUAUAUGUCAGUAUGACAUGUUGCCGACCACCACUAUGACAACAACAACGACAACUACAACGACAUCUACUCCAACGACAACACCAACCACAACACCAACCACUACAACGACGACAACCACAACACCAGCCACAACAACGACGACAACCACAACCACAUCACCAACCACAACUACUACAACUACAACUACUACCACACCCUGUCAACUGCUCUCUUGUACCCUGGACUGCUCUCUGAAUGGCUUCAAGACUGACCCUGACGGAUGUCCAGUGUGCACGUGCGACUGACGGGACCGAAAAGACGGUUUUUUACAUCCGUUAAAUGGUUUUGGUGUUGCUGGUGAUCAGAUGAUCGUGAUUAACUUUUGGAAAUAAAACUGAGGUUCAGGUCCA